UGUGCGGAUAUUUUAUAUUGUUUUAAAACUUAACAUCACCUAUUAAAAUGUUAUUGACCAUGUAAAACGCAUGUGUAUUGAGAGGAAGAUGCAUAGGUAUUACUUGAUCUUUCAACAUUAGUCCUUUUUUCCUUUUGUAGUGCAUCUACAGCCCUCUUCUAAUACCUAAUUGAAUGUGGGGCUGUGCAUGAAACGUUACAAUGCCCUGCAUUUUCCUGUGAGUUCUGGCUCCUUGAUUCUCUGAAGUCUUCCCACGUGGAAGGAGAGCUUUUCAACGCACUUGUGACUCAAAAUAAAGCAAGCCCUUUUGUUUUAAUGGUUUUCACGAGAUACCCAUAUUUCCAACUGCUGUUAUUUAUUCUACCCAACCAGCAAAAUGUGAUAUAUCUCUAUUACCAACUUUUUGAACCUUCUGUCACAAAAUUAUCUCACUCGAUCUAGUUAUUGAAGCUUCUCCCUAUACAAGGGAGCAGAAGAAGAAUAAGGUGGAGGAGGUUUUGGAGACCAUGGAUUUGAAACGUCCUAGAAAGUUAAACUUGAAUGCACCCCUUUUGUCAACAAGGCGUCUUGGUAGUCCAGUUGUUGGAGAUACAUCUUGCUCAUCAAAUUCAGUAGGUGCAAUCCAAAAUACAAGUGAAAGGGUUCCAUUUUCAUGGGAGAAAGCUCCAGGCAAGCCAAAAGAAACUGAUAGGAGAGAUAACACCACCCAAGACAGCAGCACGCCUCGCCUACGACUACCUCCCCACCGCUGGAUUCCUCCAAAAGAAGCAGCCGAAUCCGAAGCUGAUGAUGAUGAUAUUGCAUUUCAUGAUCAACAAGAUGGUAGUUGUGAUGGCAAUGUCAACAAGGAUGAUUCUUUCUCGGAUGCUAUGGAUGUUUUCUCUCUAACAGAGGCAUUAGAUAUUGUCCAAAAGAAAUCAGAGGAUGCUCAUAGUGAAAACAAUGACAGGUUGAGGUUAAAGCUUGCAGAGUCUAAUGGAUACCAAUCUCCCACUUACAUGAUCAAUCGCUUCCUUCCUGAUGCCACUGCUUUGGCUGCAUCAUCUGCUCUUCAUUUUUCUAGUAACUUAGAAGACAAAGUUUGUGAUACUUGUAGCUAUUCAGAGUGUUACAUCUCGGGGUCAAAAAGGCAUUCAUAUGCUUCUUCUCCAAAGGGUUGUGGCUUGGAACUUCUCUUCCCUUGGCGUAUGAAGCAUAAGCUUUGUGCCAUAGAGAGCCCUGUGUUGCCAUGCUCCACGAAUCUGCACAAGCAUCAGCGCAACUCAAAACAGAAGAAGCAUCGUUCAUCAGCCUACAUUCCUUGUACAAACGUGAAAGGAGAUAUUUGACGGGUAGAGCUUGUUCUUUGAUUUGUUCAUUGGUACUUCAUACAAUCUUUAUUUUAUGUGUAUAAAAUAUAUAUUAUAUAUAAAUGUUAUGUGUUAUGUGACCUACUUGAAGAAUGUGCAUUGGUUGUAUUUUGUAUGCCAACU